AUGGUCAGGUCAACACAAAUCGCCAGGCUGGAUGGCCUUAUGCUUGCUGCCUCGGUCGAUGACGAACAGGCCGAGUCAGAGCUCUCCGAAAUUAAAGGACAGGCUAAGAUGAUCUUCCGACGACUGAAUCGCAACUCUGCGCCCCAGGCCAGCAUUGAGUCUGGUCAAUACAAUCUGCACUACAUGAUCCAGGAAGAUAUUUGCUUCUUGUGUAUUGCCGACAAAUCUUACCCCCGCAAGCUCGCCUUUACCUAUCUUGCUGAUCUGUCCUCCGAAUUUACAACCACCUACCAGCCUUCACAAUACCUCUCACCUACUCUCCGCCCGUACGCCUUUGUGGAAUUUGACACUUUCAUUCAGCGGACCAGAAAACUCUAUCAAGACAGCCGUGCCUCCCAGAAUCUCGAUAAGCUGAACGAUGACCUCCGUGAUGUCACAAAGGUUAUGACAAAGAAUAUUGAAGAUUUGUUGUAUCGUGGUGACAGCUUGGAGCGCAUGGGCGAGCUAUCCGGACGCCUACGUGAAGACAGCAAGAAGUACCGGAAGGCCGCCGUUCGUAUCAAUUGGGAAUUAUUGCUGAAACAGUAUGGGCCCUUUGCUGGUGUCGGGCUGAUUAUCUUCAUAUUCCUCUUCUGGCGAUUCCUUUAA